AUGAGCCCCAAAUCACGCCUAAAUAAGGGGAAAGCCCCGAGCAACAAGCCGGCAAGAGUCGGUGAACGCGAUGCCGGCGUCAACGACAACGACGACGACGGUGGCAACAACCUUGGACCGCGACCAACAGGACCAGGAUACAUGGUAGUUGGUAACGGGUCGGGCUCGGAGCAUAUGUCCAAUCUGAAGCAUCUCAUCGACAAGGACUCCGGUUACGGCGGAAGCACUAUGGACGGCGACAACGGUAUGCGAUCGACGGUCGACUCGUCCCUUGACUGGGAUUCGGCUGUCCAGGAUAACCACCAAAUGUACCCAGCCGCUUCAUCAACGUCUGCUGCCGAAUUUGAGGCUGGCAGGCGUCUACAGGCAGGUGCAGUUCAUCAAAUGUGGUACAACCAACAUCGCGUCGCUCUCGGCAAGUCGAUAACCGAGGCUGUGGACCUGUUGAAGGGUCUCCAAAAGAUGAACAUGUCCUGGCCUGCGCACUAUCCAACGGUGCAGCGGAUCAGUGCUACGGCUCCGCUGCCGCCGCCAUCUCCUACUCGCCCUAGCUUGCAGCACGCUCAUACGACCGUAGGCGACCUUAUGGCCACAUCAACCCCGCCGUCAAAUGGCCAACCCGACCGUGGCCCCCUCCGCCGGUCGUAUACUUCAUUGGAAGAAAAUGCGGCGGCAGAGUCCAGCAAAACGGCCGAGGCACGGUCAGUGUCCACUGAGCCACGACUGGUUACGCCGCAAAUUGCACAGGAGUUUUCGGUGCUCAAGCUUGAUCUAAAGCUUGGUGGCAUGCACCAGGCCGAGUUGGUCCACUCGCUUGAGAAAGCGUCAAUCGCGUCUCUCUUGGAUGAGAAAAUUCGCUCCAGCAUAAGACAUCUUGAAUCUCUACGCGAGCGCAUCGAAGACAUUUCCAGUAAGGUCCUGAUUACGGGUGAUUUGAAUGCUGGCAAGUCAACAUUUUGCAAUGCUCUUCUACGGAGAAAGAUCUUGCCCGAGGACCAACAGCCUUGCACCAGUAUCUUUUGCGAGGUCUUGGAUGCCAGCGAAAAUAGUGGUGUGGAGGAGGUCCAUGCCGUCCAUUUAGACGUUGUCUAUAACAGAAACGACGAGUCUACUUACGACGUUUUCUCGCUUCAAGACCUGGAGAAAAUUGUGACCGACAAUACGACCUACAUGCAGUGCAAGGUUUACGUGAAGGACGAACGAGCCAUCGAAGAGUCGCUUUUAAGUAAUGGCAUUGUUGACAUUGCUCUUAUCGACGCACCCGGUCUCAAUUCAGAUACGACUAAGACUACCGCGGUGUUUGCACGACAGGAAGAGAUCGACGUCGUCGUUUUUGUUGUUUCCGCUGCCAACCACUUUACUCUUACUGCAACUGAGUUUAUCAGGGCCGCGGCGGCAGAAAAAGCCUAUUUUUUCUUCGUCGUGAACGGAUUUGAUGUCAUCCGCGAUCAGGAGAGAUGCAAAAAAAUGAUCUUGGACCAGGUGUCAGGUCUCAGUCCUCAAACUCACAAAGAGGCUUCAGAGCUGGUUCAUUUCGUGUCGAGCAAUGCUAUUCCUAUUACACCACCCCCUGCUCCACCUGGUGGUCCCGGUGGUCCAGGAGGCAGUGGCGGUAGCUCUUCGGGCGGCGGCGGCGGAGAUGAUGACGACGACACCAAAGGCAAAGGCAAAGAGAAACUUCGAAACUUUGAGAGCAUGGAACAGUCUUUACGACGGUUUGUUCUGGAAAAAAGGGCACAUUCCAAAUUGGCGCCUGCAAAGAAUUACCUUCUCAACAUCUUCAAUGAUGUUAACGCCCUUGCCACAGUGAACACCGAAGUUGCGCAAGCAGAGAUUAGCCGUGUUGCCAACGAGCUAAGUGAAAUAGAGCCUCUGCUCGAAACCAACACGAAGGCAAAGACCGAGGUCGCCACCGAGGCAGAACAAAUAAUCGAGAAAACUUGCAAAGACGUUUAUGAUCAUAGUCGAGCGGUUAUCGGCUUCUCCAUAGCCCAUGCCGGCGACGGGAACUUGGGAGUGACGUAUCCUGGCCUUUUAUCUGCGUUUCAAUAUGCCGAAGACAUCAAGCAAGCCAUGUUCUCACGGAUUUCAGCAUCUGUCGCCGAGUGCGAGGAAAGUGCACGGACGAAGGCCGGAGGUGGCGUGAAUUCGCUUAAACAACUGGGAAUUCUUCACCUUGGAGAUGAUUUUGCGGACCUGAACUUUCGCCCUGAGUUUAUGUUCCGUCGACGAAGGGAUGAGUUAGCCCGAAGGCUUGACGUCCCAACAGAGAUUAUUGACUUUGUGGAUCUGUCAAUGAUUCUCCAUCGUCAAGAGACUGUUGCUGGGACUGGAAUGGCACUGACAGUCGCUACAGCCCUUGGUACUCGAAUGAUUGGAGGCCAGGGUUGGAUGGACCAUGCCCUUUCAGUUGUGAAGGUCGUGGGUAACAACGGCACGCGCCGCCUGCUGGUGCCGGGACUCAUUCUUGCAGCAAUCGCGGCCGCUGGUUACGUUCUGUCGCAGAUUCCGCGAUCUCUUCCGCACCGGCUGUCGCACAAGAUCUCAUCUCGCCUUGCCGAGAUCGACUAUGUUCACUACAACUCCGCCCGAAUCGCUGGAACUGUGCGGAAGGUGCUACGGUAUCCCGCGGACUCCAUCCGUGACGGCCUUAACCGGUCAGUGGAUCAGCUCGGUGCUCGCAGGGAAGAUACCUUAAAGAUCAAGGCUGAAAGCGAGGUUGCCUUGAAAUAUUUCGGCAACUUGGUGGUUGACAGCGCCCGCCAGCGAAACGCCGUGAGGUCUCUAGAUCUUGACACACCACCUCCUGGCGCGGCACAUUAA